AUGGGAUUAAUUCAUCUAUCCGAGCAAGUGCAAGCCACUUCAUUCCGGGAUCUCCCUUCAUCUAAACUUCCGCCUUAUCAUAUCACUGGACCAAACCUCGACACAACCUUGGUUCGAGCUCACUCCUUCACUGUUCACGGAAUCCCUCUUCAAUCCAGUUCUGAUUCUCGAGCCGUCCUCUGUCGUUUUGCUCGAUUUGUCGGCGAUGUUGUCGGUUCAGAUCGUAUCGCAUUCCUAGCGGAUGCACCAGAGACCGGCCCAACCUUAGUCCAAGCUGGAAUUCCAGUCCGAGCAGCUACCGGUGUGGCCCCCGAGCCGACGCUGGAGUUCUUCGCAGGCGUGACUCAUGUUGAGGAUAUUGACUUCAAAAUUCUCAUCACGGCCUACAGCGGAUCGCGUACAACAAACGGAGUCGCCGCUUCGGCUCAAAAGGGACCUUUCCUUCUUUCGGUAGUAUAUACCCAAGAAGACACAGCCGAUAUUACUCUCCAUCUUCGAGGGGAUUACGGCGGAUGGAUUGCUGCGAAACACCUGGUCAAAUUGGCCGUUGCAUAUUUAACCUCGGGACUGUCCGACAAUAUUGCUAUUGGGGCAGGGCUGGACCCUUCCCGAGUGAACUUCGAGUCUUUUCUGCAAGUAACGCCACAAGUUCAACACAAGAAGCCAGACGUCAAUGGCUUCAAGAGAAAUGGUCAUGUUAACUCUCGCCUACUUCAUUCUGCCUUUGAGGACAAUGUUCGCCGGCACCCUCACAACGUCGCAAUCGAAUAUUUGUGCCGAGCACCUGCUACAUCCACGCGAUCAAGAGAGCACUUAUAUGACCGACGUGAUCUCACAUACGCUGAGGUUGACAGCCGAGCUAAGGACCUUGCCUCUGAGCUUGGCCUUCUGCUGCAGGUCCUAGGGGCCCGUUGGCGUCCGGCCUUAGGCGAUCAAUACGCAUUUCCCUUGUUUAUAUCACCUAGUCCGGAACUUUUCCUCUCCAUGUUGGCUGUUCUCAAAUCCGGCCAUGCAUUCUGCUCUCUCCCAGCCGAUGCGCCGCCCGAGCGGUUGAGAGCUAUCGUCGAAGAUCUUGGCUCCCCGAUUGUGUUGGGAGUCGGCCCAGUGCCCUGGAAUGGCACUACAGGGUCUCAAUCUGAGCGCGAACAGCUUGCAGAGGGAACUAUGUGGGUCGAUAUUACCAAUCCCGCAAGCUGGCGGACGGAUUGCAUUAUCCCGAACACUGUCGGAGCCUCAUCCAAAGGCCUUCGCAUUCCAUCUGAAGAUGAUCUUUGCUACUUGUUUUACACCAGUGGCUCAACUGGAAAGCCUAAAGGUGUACUCGGAAGCCAUCGCUCAGCCUUGGCCUGCGUGGAAGCAACGCUUGAGGGACCACUCUCGCAUCUUCCUGCUGGUCCGCGAGUUCGAUGGCUGAAUCUAAGCGCGCCAUCCUUUGACCCUGUCAUUAUCGACACUUUUGUGCCACUCUCCCUUGGUGGAGUUCUCUGUACUGCUGAACGUGAUCUACUUCUCACGGACGUUGAAGCAUGCGCGCGCGAGCUUCGUGCAACAGCCUCUUACGCCGUGGCCAGUCUGGCACUUCUCAUGCGACCGGAGCGCAUGCCCGCUUUAAAGACACUGAUUGUGGGUGGAGAAUCGGUGAAUGGCCGAGUGAUUGAGAAAUUUGCCAGAGUGGAAGGGGACCCGGAUGACGACAGACAUCUUAUUAACGCAUACGGUCCCACGGAGACUACAAUUUUCUGCACAGCAGAGGCUUGUGUCCAAGGCACGCGCAGCUCCGUCAUUGGAGAUGCCCUGACUUCUGCAUUCUUUCUCAUGGCUGACCCAGAUGCCCUUGAUGCGGGAGAACUGAGAGAAACCCCCCUUGGUCUCGCGGGCGAGCUUAUUGUCGGCGGGCCGCAGGUUGCUCUCGGGUACCUUAACCGUCCCGAAGCGACGGCAAAGGCAUUCAUUCCCGUUAAUGCGAUGGGCCUCCCCUCCGGCACGACACUUUAUCGCACAGGUGAUAAGACUCGCGUUGUCUGGUCCUCGGAUGGCAAGCGCAAAAUUGACUUUCUCGGUCGCUUUGGUACAGACCAGGUUAAGCUGAACGGUCGUCGUGUGGAGCUUACUGAGAUUGAGAAUGUCCUUACAAGCGCGCAAGGCGUGGCUUCUGUCGCUGUGGUGGUAGCCAACCCCAAGGAAGGUGUGCAGGCUCAGUUGGUAGCAUUUUUGACAGUCUGGGCCGACGAAGAUCGUCAGGGUGUCGCCAACAAGUGUCGCGCGGAAGCAGAGAGACUGCUACCAGAGUGGAUGUGUCCUGGGAGCUAUACUGUUUUGAACCAGCUGCCGUACACACCGAGUGGCAAGGUGGAUCGGAAGGUGUUGCUAAAGCUUGCUGCCGGUGAGACUAUGAGUGACGCCGUUGUCACAAAUGGAGGCUCCGCUUCCGAGAAAGCAGUGGAGAAGAAGCAAGACACCACCGAGCUUGAGAUGGAUUCCACAUCAAUCGUUUACCGAGGCCUUUUCGUUGCUAUUGGUGAUAAGGCUACAGGCGCAGACGCGACAACACCUCUUUUGGGCCUCGGUCUAGAUAGCUUGCGGACCAUGUUGUUCCUUCAGAGCUUACGGGAUGACGGUAUUGAGGGUUUGGCCUUGCAUCAGAUUCUAUCCUCUACCACGAUCAACGACUUGAUCAAUUUAGUGGAGCCCAAGAACCUGGCCUCAAGAUCUCUCGUGGGACAAGAGAUGGAGGUGGAUCAUGAAAGUCAUGAAAAUGUGGUCUCCAUUGAUCAAUCUCUCAUGACAAAGACAGCCGCAGAGGAAAUCGAUGGUGUGGAUGUUCUUGCUAUCGCGGCCGAUGACGAGGAAGGGAUUUUUGAACUCUCUAUCCCUGCGAAACUCCGCCAUUUCUCCCACUUUUGCUUGCCUCAAUGUACAUCGGCUCUGAAUCUCGCCCCUGCCGACAUCGAGCAGGUAUUACCAGCUACGAACACACAGACCCGCAUUCUUUAUCUCUCCACACGCCAUGAAUAUGUGGACCCAACACGCUACUCUGGUCGGCCGCAGCUCGAACACUUCCUCUACGACCUGCCUCUCAACAAGCUUGAUCCAGUACGCAUGAAACACGCUGUCGACGUUGUUUUAAGAAGACACGAUUGCUUCCGUUCAGUCUUCUGCGGCAUUAAGCAUCCACUAUCUCCUUUCGCUCUAUGCAUCCUGAACAAGGAUUCAGAGCGUGCAGCUAUCCCAACAGUCGAGAUUAUCUGCAAGUCCGAACCCAGCAAUACCAGCCUCUGGCAACAUACUCUUGUUUCCGCUCAGCGUGCUGCCGAAGGUGAUAUGACUCCAGACAGACCAGGCGUCACAGUGACUUGGGUCAGCACCCCUAACGGUUCCCGUCACGUCAUGAUCCUCUCUCUUUACCACCCCAUUUUCGACGGUGUCAGUCUGGGACAUCUCCGCGAGGAGAUUGCUGCUGAAUAUGCCCAUCUCAGCCGCCCAGCAGGUAUCAGAGACCUGACAGAUCAGGGCAGGAAGCUCACCCUCCUGCCUAUGCGCAAAACUGUCGAGCUUUUGUUCGAGAGCACCGACUGGGUGGAGAGCAUGUUCUACUGGAUGAGGCGUUUCGCAGGAGUAUCAUCUUUUCAUUUCGGAUCUAGCCAACCUGCUUCGCAGGCCGUUAUGCUACCCACCGAGCUUAGCUUAGUCGACACACACAUGCGCACCGCCUCCCUCCGCAGCAGUCUUUCCAUGGAUGAUCUCUCCAACGGCGCCCUAUCUCAGCUAGGCACAACCAUGGCAGCCGUUGUACAAGCAGCGUGGGCCAGUGUGCUUGCUCAAACUUGCACCAACGAAGGCAAGCUCGAUGUACAAUUCGGCAGCAUCUUGCAUGGCCGAAGCACACCAGACAUGUGGCGCUGCAUGGCCCCGAUGCUGACGACUGUACCAAUGCAUGUAGUCCUCCAGAAGGAUGGACAGAGCAAAAACCCUACCAACCGUGAGAUCUGUCGUUUACUAGCCACUCAGUAUGCUGAGGUUGCACCGUAUAUCGAUGUUCCUUGCCCGACCGAAGAGACGUUCGAAAUGGGAGCCGACCGAUUCGAUACUGCGCUGAACCUUCAGGCGUAUCGGAGCGAAUCUGCAUCUUCGGAUAUCGCUGAUAAAUUCCCACGGGACCUGCCUGGAUGGAGCACCGAACAUAACCUUCUAUGUCCGUAUAAGGAAGUGGAUAUCGGGUUCCCCAUUAUGAUGGAGGUGUGGCCCGCAUUCGGACCCGAUGGCCCUGAUUGGAGUGAAAAGAUGACACUGAAGUGUGUUUAUAAUUUGCGAAAGCCGGGAUAUGAAUUCUUGAAUGAGCAGUGGGUCGCUGGCAUGGUUGGUGCUUUUGAAGACUCGCUAGUGAGGCUUUUGAGAGAGCCGGACGCCGAGUACUAUGUUGGUUGA